CACACGAGAGCGUGAGGGACGUAUUCAGGAGCACACAGGAGCUUUUAGACACUUCAACAUGAAGACUUCAUUUUUUUUUCUGGUAGCUUCCUUCUGCCUGCAGAUGUACCAGCCGACAGACGCGUGUUCGUGCGCGAUGUCGCAUCCGCAGGACGCGUAUUGCCACGCAGACAUCGUGAUCCGAGCAAAAGUUGUGGGCAAGAAACUUCUGAACGACGGGCCGUUUGGCACCCUGCGCUACACCAUCAAACAGAUGAAGAUGUACAAGGGCUUUGAUAAGAUGCAGCACGUGCAGUACAUCUACACGCAUGAUUCAGAGAGCAUGUGUGGAGUCAAGUUUGACAUCAACAAAUACCAGUACCUCAUCACAGGUCGUGUUCAUGAUGAUAAAGUUUACACGGGACUGUGUAACUUCAAUGAGAGGUGGGAGCGUCUGUCUCUGGCACAGAAGAAGGGCAUCAACCAUCGCUACCAGCUGGGCUGUAACUGCAGGAUCAAGCCCUGUUACUACCUGCCGUGCUUUGUGACCUCCAAGAACGAAUGCCUGUGGACGGAUAUGCUGUCCCACUUCGGUUAUCCCGGUUACCAGUCCCGCAACUACGCUUGCAUCCAGCAGAAGGAAGGUUACUGCAGCUGGUAUCGGGGUAUGACCACUCGUGACAAAGUGACCAUCAACACCACCGACCCCUGAACAUGCCAAACAUCACUUCUGCUUCCCCUUUCAAACCCCUUCCACUUCCCCAGCCUACAGUUCCCCGUGAAAGACGACUCCCGCCGACUUCGCCAAUUUCUAAUAGCACUUACUGUGGCACCUGCGAUUCAUCAAGAAUUGCAUCAAAUUUUGCUGUGUGAGGCCUGGUGCAAUUAAUGCGAAACAUACGAAGGCAUGAACUGAUACUCAUAAACAUAAUCCAUUGAGAAGAUUUUAUUAAAUAUUAAAUAAUUUAUAAAGGCAAUAAUCUACGAACCUGCCGCAAAAAAAAAAAAAAAAUUGCUUUUUAAACAUGAUUUUAAAACAUAAAAAAUAACUGCUAUUGUACAUGUACGGAAAUCUACAUUAUGUCCAAGAUUUAUACUGUUAAGUACCUAUUUAUUAAUUCUCUCUGCGUACCUCUGGAUUGUGCUGUAAUGUUCAGUUUUUUGCACUGUAACCACAUAUAUAGAAUGCACAUCAAACACAGCUGGUAAUAUAGAUAUAUAUGGUUUAGGGCUGAACGAUUAAUCGAAAUAAAACCAAAAUCGCGAUAUGACCCAGUGUCGAGGAUUGCGAUUUAAUUAAAUAAAUAAAUAGUCUGAACGCCCGCUGUGCUGCGCUUGUGUGCGCAGUUGUUUUGUGUACUACACAUGUUGUUUCCUUGUUGUUCUGUGCUUGAUGCACACAUUGACUGAUGUGUUCCGAGUUUGGUUCGGUGUGCUUCCGUGCACUGAGCGCAUUAUAUUUAAAGCGCCUCAGAAUGACUUUAAUUGCACAUUUGUGUAAUUUCACGUACCUCCAUGUUUGGCUGCUACAAUUUACUAUAAAAAUGUGAAAUAACCCCAUGACAGCAAGGCAGAUAAGAGCAUUUAACUGCAUUAAAAGGCUGUUGUCAACUCAACUACAAACAACAGAAACUUGCGUUCCUUCAGUUUUCAAAAUAAAAGCUUUCGGCAAAAUAAAGGCUUGAAGGUUUAACCGGACUGCAUAGCAAUGCCACAAGCAAGUUAAGAAAUUAAAUUUAUUAAAGAAUUAAAUUACUAUUGAAUAAUAAGUAUUAUUAUCAUUUAUUAUACAUUAUUAUUAUUAUAAUAAAAUAAUAUAUUUCUAUAAUGAUUUCUUAACUUAACAUUUAUUAUUAUAUUGCAAUAAUAUAAUAUUAAAAAAAUAAUAAGUAAGCUGACCCUUUCACAAAUUGAACAAAAAGAAAGUACAAAGCAGACAUAUGCAACGUGAUUGUGAUUGUGAGGACCCCCCCCCCCCACCCUCCCCCGCCGUUUUACGGUUUUAUUUAUUCAUUUAAUUUGGUUGUUUUUAAGAGGGUUAGGGUAAGUGUGAAAACCCUUACGGAAAUCGGCCGUAAAGCAUAGCCGAUGGUUGAAUUUUGGUCAAAAGUAUUCAAAUGUUUUUUUCUAUGUUUAUAUCAAAGUUCAAAAUCGCACUCAUAAUAUUUUUCAAAAUGAUCCCCAUUAGAUUCGUCUAAAUUGUUCAGCCCUAAUAUGGUGAAUAUUUUUACAACUGUAAGCGCAGCUAAAAUUGAACCUUCCAGCACAAAUUUAGAGAAACUCUCGAGUUGAGCAAUUGAUGCAUUUUAUUAUUUUCGUUGAUUUGUUUCUCUUGCUGUUUAUGAUAUAAGCUAUGAGAUUGAUUUAGUAUUUUUUUACUUAAAAAAAAAAAAAAAGUUUAGACCCAAAAGAGUCCAGAUGUAAUGUUUUUCCAACAUCUAGUUUUAUUAGUAUUUAUGCACCUUUUAAUCUGAGAAACCAUAAAAUAGAAACUAACUAGCCAACACUGCUAACCUAUAUUCCAAAUGUAAUAUAUAUAUAUAUAUAUAUACACACAUACACAUGCAUAUGUGCCAACAUUCAAUUAUGCUUUUAACAUUUUUAGGGUACGCUGGAAAAAUUGCCCACAUGAAUACAGAGGUUUUGGUUCUGAAUGAAAUAGUAUAAAUGUGCAUUGGAGUGUAUCAUAUAGAACAGAUAGAAUAAUUUAGCAUUACCACUGAACUGAUCACGUUUGUUUCAUCUAGGGAGAUUUCACAGGUUUUCUGGAUCAUUCCUCAGCUGGAGGCAGAAAUGACUGCGAUUUAGAUGUUUCUUAUACUGCAGAUAGAGAAAUGUUAAUCAGUGUAGAUGUAAACAUGUCAUGCACUAGUUUACUGCUGGUUUAGAAUAAGAGUGUUCAUCUCUGUGUCCAACUCGUGUUUUUAUAACAUGUAAAACACACAAACAUCCUGGUCAAAUCAGUCCUGUUUUACGCUCAUGUAAGAUGCAGAUAUGUUGUUUAAUGUGUGUGUGUGUGUAUACCGUAUGCGUGUGUGUAUACAGUAUGUGUGUGUGUAUGCAAACCAAUUCCUAAAGAGGUGACCAUUUUUCAAAAUGGGCUUUCAAGAAUGUUUUGAUUUUUCAUUUCUGUUUUAUAUUUUUAUAAUAAAUAUUGUGAAAACGG